UCCAACAACACACGACAUGAAGCUUGAUUGACUCGUUGCAUGCAUAUUGCAAUAUCUACGAUUUACGUUUCAUCCUUCUUUCCUUUUAAAAAAUAUGUUCUGAUUUCGAGAAAUAUAUCAAUCAGUUCCGAUUUCUCCACAAAUACACCAUCACCAUUCAAUUCUCUUCCCCCUCCUUUGCAUCUUCACCCAAUUUUUUCCUUUCGGGUGUUGAUUGGUUUCUGGUGGGUCCCCAUCAUUCCUCUUCUCCCAUUUUAUUGGGAACAAUCAUUUUUGUGAGAGGCUUGAUUAAUUUAAUUUCUGGAGAGACAUGGGAGCUUGUUGUACCAAGGAGAGAUCGUAUGGAGGAGGGUACAUGGAGGAUGAUGGUGUGGCCCAUCGGAAUGAGUACUACGAGGCUGAGGAGGAGGAGGAGGAUAAUGUAAGGUGUGGGGACGAUGGGGCCCGCAUAAGGUUGCAAGGGUGUUCUAGGAACAUCUCCAUGUACACCCAGCAAGGAAGAAAAGGGAUCAAUCAAGAUGCCAUGACAGUUUGGGAGGACUUUACUGAGAACGGCAUGUACUUCUGCGGUGUGUUUGAUGGUCAUGGCCCCGAAGGGCACAAAGUUGCAAGAUGCGUACGUGAUAAUUUACCCUCGAAACUCUCGGAAAUCAUCAAAAUUUACCAGCUCAACACUGGCAUAUUCAGCGACAUUGAUGUUGCCGGAAGCGAGAUCAAUGCAAACAACGGGAAUAAUCACGACAGGAAACCCAGUCGCAAUAUCUCUCUUCCGUCAUGGGAAGCCAGUUUUGUCAAAUCAUUCGAGGAAAUGGACGAGGAACUUAGCGUUGACAACACCAUUGAUAGCUUCUGCAGCGGUUCAACUGCAGUAACUGUAGUUAAACAGGUACACUUUAUUUCUUGCACUCCAAGUUUGGAGAGCAAUUCAAUAAAAUUACUUUUUCUUUUUUUUAAUUUUAUGCUGUUUCAUUUUCAGGGUGAUAAUUUGGUGAUUGCCAACUUAGGCGAUUCUCGUGCGGUUCUUGGAACUAGAUCAGGAGAAAAAAACCAAAUCGUUCCUGUCCAGCUCACGGUUGAUUUGAAACCUGAUACUCCAAGUGAAGCUGAGAGAAUUAUGAAAUGCAAAGGCAGGAUUUUAUCAGUGGAUGAAGAACCACAAGUGUAUAGAUUAUGGAUGCCGGAUGAAGAUUGCCCUGGUCUAGCAAUGGCGAGGGCUUUCGGGGAUUUCUGUGUCAAAGAUUAUGGCCUGAUCUCAAUUCCUGAAGUUUUCUACAGGAAGAUAUCAAGCGAUGACGAAUUUGUGGUCCUGGCAACUGAUGGGGUGUGGGAUGCUUUAACAAACACUGAUGUGGUAAAGAUAGUUGCUUCAGCAAGGAAGCGGUCCAUGGCAGCAGAAUUACUAGUAAGGCGUGCGGUUAGAGCAUGGAAACGAAAGUUCCCAGCAUCAAAAAUUGAUGACUGCGCAGCUAUAUGCUUGUAUCUGAAAGACAAACCUGCUUCUUCAUUAACACAUUCGACAUCCCACGUGAGCCGUCUGGGCAAAGCGAAUGACUCUCAGCUCUCACUUUCUUAUUAUAGCACAAGAUCGAACAUUGUAAGCGAUCAGGGAGGCACUGCUUCCGAGAUUAACAGCAAGAUGACGGAGGACUGGAAAGAUACUGUGUUGAAUUGUAAUGUCUCACAAGAUGCAAAGGAAGAGUGGAACGCCCUUAAAGAAGUUGACAGAGUAAAUACCAUGUUGAAGCUUCCUCGAUUUUCUAAUUGUUUGAGUCGGAGGAAAACAUCAAGGGAUUACGAAGAGGUUCAAGCUCAUUGAUUAAUUAGCUUCCUUGAUGAGGCCUUAAACGCAGUGAUUUGCAACCGCGGUUAAGGAUUAGCAACCAACAAUAUUCAUCAAACAUCUCUCAGCAGGUGCAGUUCCAGCUUCCUGCCAAAUUUGAAAGAAAAAGUGCAGCCACAAAUUCUGGUUUUAGAAUUCACUAGGGAAAAACAGAACAAGUAAAUAUUUGUCUUACCAUGAA